AUGAUAAUCUCUAAGGAGGAGCUGAGUGCCAUCACACUCAAAUCGUCGUUCAUCUACGAGUAUGGAGAUUUGCCACAUUUUAUGAGUUGUAUAAAUAGUUUUCCCCUGCACUUCUUUGUGCGGUACCGUAGCAGUAAGGAGGAUCCCUCUCAGCACCGCUGGUCUCGCUUGUUGAAAGUGGUGCGGCGGGAGGUACCCGCAGUUGGCGGAAGUAUCAACUCGAAUGUUAAUGAUAGUAACGGGGAUGUGAGCGGCGCUGGCGGUGGAACCUCUUCCACUAAUAUUGUCCCCCUUCAAUGGCGAGAGAAGAAGUUCCUCAUAACACUUUCUGUUGAAGGUGAGGAAAAGUACGUUGAUUUACCACGAAUAUCUUUACAACUGCCAUCAGAAAAUGAGGUCAUGUCUUAUUGCGCACGCCACGUGGAGCUGGAGGCCAAUGACACGGGCGAUGUUGAGGUUGAACGUUCCUCAACAGCAAGAGACCAACUACCUAGCGCACACGAAAUUCAAAAACUUCGUGAGUUCCGGCGAAAUGUGAUUGAAAAUCACCGAUGGACGCCGGAAGAGGUUGCGCAGGCGCGUGAACAGAACGAGCUAAUGGGACGCGUGGGAGCCAGUUGCGCCCCCGUGCGGUUGACGGUGGCUUCGAUGAAUAACAUGCUUUUCGAGUCGAAACUGUCUAUUGCGUCUAGCCGUCGAGCUGUAGGCCACCUGGCCGCAGCUAUGGAGCGCCGCAAUGCUGUUCGUCUACCCCAUUCUUCCUCAUAUGUAUCAGCGACACCACCACAAACGGUGGCUGGGACGGGGAGUCAGUUGACUAACGUCUCUCAGUGUGAUAUGGGAGGCAUUGAGAGUCAGGGCACCACCCAGUUUGACGAAGAACGGGUUCCUGAGGUGGAUCCUCAAGUCCUUCAAGAGAUGGUGAAAGCGUGGGGCGAAAGCGUUCGUCACGGGGAAGAGUUUUACAAGUAUGUUAGCAACAAGGAUCGAAGCGCAUACCUCACGAAGAUUGCCACUAUAACCCAAAACAAUUAUGAAAAGAACAGGCAAGACCGUGUACGUGGAAUUGCGAACGAGAAACGACUAGAUCGGAAGGCGAACCUCGUGGAGUCGGGAGGUUUGUGGAUUGUCGACGAUAAGCUGCGCGCAAAACUUGCACAGAAUUAUCGGCAGGAACAAGACGGUGAAGCAGGAGUUGGACACGUGGAGGCAUCUGUGGAUGGAAAGAAGGGUAAUGACUCAAGGAAGUUACCCGGCGGUUUAAAUGCGCUUGAUGACACUAAAGGUCAAACUGUGGGUAAGGAAGAAACAAUGCUGCAGCGCUUUAUGAGAUACCACAGGGAACAAGAACUCUCCUUUGCGUCGGUGCCUGACAGUUUUGUUGACGAAGUAACUGGGGACAACCUUUCUCUGUCCACUUCCCGUGGUAAAGAUGCUCAACACGACACUGACGGUUUAAACACAGCGUUAGGGAAGGCGGUCAUUGGCCACUCACCGGAGUUGCUCUCGUUGAGUUCAAACCCCCAAGUUGUCACUUCGCAACUGCUUCAUAGGGUGACUUGCAUGAGUGGGAGGAUGUCGCUUAAGCGAGGGCACUCUGUUUCCAAUAAGUCUUAA